AUGAGAUGUUCUUGUCAUGUCAUGUUACUUCGAUAUUCUCCAAUAUUGUUAUUUCUUAUUUUCAUCAGCAUCAUCAGUAGUAACAUUAAAGGUGAAACUGGACCAUUAACAAAAAAGAAUGUGCUAAUUAAGCCCUUCAAUAAUACCAUUUCAGCUAUCUUUGUCUUUGGAGACUCCACAGUUGACCCUGGCAACAACAACUGCAGAGCCACUGUUACAAAGAGCAAUUUUCCUCCCUAUGGAAGGGACUUUGUCAACCACAUUCCCACAGGAAGAUUCACCAAUGGCCGCCUCGUCACUGAUAUGAUGGCUUCAUAUAUAGGACUCAAAGAAUUCGUGCCACCAUAUUUGGAUCCAAUACUUAGCUUGGAGGAGCUGAUGACUGGCGUUAGUUUCGCCUCCGGCGGCUCUGGCUUAGACCCUCUCACCGCUCAAAUAAGCGGCGUAAUUCCAUUGGAACAGCAGCUAGAAUAUUUUAAAGAGUACAAAAUUAGAGUUGAAAAUGAGAUUGGGGAAGAAAAAACAAAAUUGUUAAUAAGUAAAGCAAUGUUCCUUAUAAGUGCUGGCACAAAUGAUUUUGUUAUCAAUUAUUUUAACACCCAAUUGAGAAGACACUCUUACACACUCCCUGACUACCAGCAGUUUUUGCUACAACUAACUCAACAGUUUCUCAAGGAUUUAAUGGCUGAGGGAGCUCGAGUCAUCGGAAUAGUAGGGUUACCACCGAUGGGGUGUUUACCGGUGGUGAUCACCAUGAAGACGGCCGGCAGCCCAUUGCAACCACGUCAAUGUAUUGAUUCAUAUUCCGACGUAGGAAAAGAGUAUAAUCAGCUUCUUCAAAAUAUGUUAAAAAAUAUGAAUACUUAUGGAACAAAAAUAAUAUAUGCUGAUAUAUACAAUCCUUUAUAUGACAUGGUACAAAAUCCCAACAAGUAUGGUUUUAAUAACGUCUACUCUGGUUGUUGUGGAACUGGGCUUUUCGAGCUUGCACUUUUGUGCAAUCCAAAUUCACUUGUUUGCAUUAAUGCUUCGGAAUAUAUUUUCUGGGACGCAGUCCAUCCAACUCAAGCUACGUAUUAUAAUUUGUUCAAUUCUCUGCGUCCCACCGUUGAUGUUAUGCUUAAGUUAUAA